AUGAGCGAGCAGAAUAGUCUGAAGAUCAUUUUAGUUCAUGGAGGAGGCCAUGGUGCCUGGUGCUGGUAUAAGGUGGUAGCCAUUUUAAGGUCUCAGGGAUACUCGGUGACAGCCGUUGAUCUUGCAGCCUGCGGCUCUGAUCCACGAAGAAUGCCUGAAGAUGUCUCCACCUUCGAUGAGUAUGCCCAACCUCUAAUGGACUUGAUGGCUUCAGUGUCUGAAGGAGAGAAGGUAGUGUUAGUUGGUCAUAGUUUUGGUGGAUUAAGCUUGGCUAAAGCCAUGGAUGCCUUUCCUGAGAAGAUUGCAGCUGCAGUUUUUGUCACUGCAAUCAUGCCUGAUACUAUUCAUUCACCUUUUUAUCUCUUUGAACAGCAUUUGGGGCAAUUACUAGGCAAGCACACUGAGAUUGAAGCAAAGAGCAUUGCAAUUCCGGGAAGAUCUGAGCCAAUUAUUACUGUAACUUUACAGCCUAAAAUCCUGGCCAACAACUUCUACCAAAAUUGCUCCUUUGAGGUAAUUUUUUUGUGA